AUUAGAAAUCUACCAAAACUAUUCUGAAUAAAUCAAGACCUUUGAAAGAUUCGAUUACACGUAAUUAUAAAUCAACAUUGUAGCGACAUUUUGAGAAACCGACACUUUUUCCCACACUUCCGGUAGAUUUGCAUUUCCGGUAAUGCACGGAGAGAGCAUUAAAAUACUGAAUAUUUUAACAACGGAAGUCAGUUUUCGCGUAGCACUCUUAAUUCAAGUAUAAAUAUUUUUACACAGCGCUGUGUGUCAGUACGAUCGCCAUUGUUUAGCGCGCGAAAUUGGGUAUGCAAAUAUUCCUCUUGUUUUUGCUGACAUUUGCAUGAAAUGUACAUGCAGUCACCCAACCAGAACGGCGUGUCAGAAGUUGUCACUGAAGGCAGAUUCGUUUACGAUGCGCUACACACACAGUGUGUAUGAAACCUUUCCGAAUGAAUGGUUAGUGUAGGACGUCAUAGACUUUUUAAGCACACAGUAUUUUUAAGCUUCUGUUUUGGGGGAUUUAUUUUGGAGCUUUCAAGCGAAAGUUCUGGCAUUCACCGAGUUAAUCGUGCGUGAGUAUGCCUUCUCAGAAGGACAGUGUGAAAACUGAUCGCCGAGACAUGGACGAUGCCGCCUCGGUUGGGAACAGCGAAACGGCAGAUCUUGAGUGUAGUGAAAGUUCAGCGAUUUCGCCAGGAAGGAAUCUGUUGAGUUCAAUCAGAACCUUCCUGUGGUCGCCGUCGAAAGACAGCGAGAAAGAUUGCUCUGCGAAGCGUAAACGAUCUGACUCGGACAGCGAAGACGAGGAAGAUGCAAUAAUAACAUCCAACCUUCUCAAGAAACGAAAAUUUACAACCGAGACAACGGUUGUAAAUUCUGUUGCUACGAAGUCUAUCGUCGAUGGGGAGUCCUCUAAGCGAAAAUCGCUUUUGGGAACUUUGUUUUCGCCAGUCUUUACGCUUUUUGGAAAGAACGGUCAUUUCCAAAAUGUAGAAAAGGAAGGGAAAGUAGUUGCAAGUAAUUCGACAAGUGGAUCCAGGAUUUGUGGCGCGACAAAUGGCGGUAUACCUGAAGAAAGGGCAUUGUGGCAUCAAGGUUCAUCGACCAUAAAUAGAAAAGCUUUAGCCGUGCCUAAUGGCGACGUCAAUGGAAACGUUGGCGAUGAGACUUCCGAAUCUUCGGAAAACGAAUGGGAAGUUUAUGAUCCGUUUUACUUCAUUCGCAAUCUUCCCCCGCCAGAGGAAGGUGAAGACGCCACAAGCCGUGGUCCUGUUUUACCCUUACAGACCAGAAGCACUCCAGAAUUUUGUCUUGUUCUUGAUUUGGACGAGACACUUGUUCACUGCAGUCUCAACAAGCUGGAGGAUGCCAAUUUGUCUUUCCCUGUCCUUUACCAAGACAUUCGUUAUCAAGUGUUUGUACGCACCAGACCGCAUUUGAAGCGCUUUCUCGAGCGAGUCGCAAGUAUGUUUGAAGUUAUCCUCUUCACUGCCUCGAAGAAAGUCUAUGCAGAUAAGCUGUUGAAUAUCUUGGAUCCCGGUCGAAAAUAUUUCCGACAUCGCCUCUUCCGCGAACACUGUGUUUGUGUUCAAGGGAACUAUAUUAAAGAUUUGAACAUACUCGGCAGGGACUUAGCUAAAACAAUGAUUGUGGACAAUUCACCUCAAGCAUUCGCUUACCAGAUUUUCAAUGGAAUUCCAAUCGAAAGUUGGUUUGUUGAUAAGUCGGACAGAGAAUUGCUCGAACUUCUUCCCUUCUUAGAAAUGAUCGCCGCUAGAAAAGACGAUGUCCGGCCACACAUUAGAGACAGAUUUAGAAUGCACGAAAUAGCUGGUUUCAGGUAAUGGAUGAAACAUUCAUCGAGGAUUUAACCACAGGCGAAUCUAUUUUAACCCAGACAAGUUUUGUCAGCGAGUAUGUUAAUCGAUAUGAUAUUUGAAAUCUGUUUAGUCCAGUCGAGACCUUUUUAAACCGGAUUUAUCUUUGUAUGCGGGUAUAAGAAAGUUUCAUUCGUGACUAUAAUGGCGAACGAAUCGCGAAAUAUUGCUCGUUCGUAAUGUCAUACACACAUUACAGACCGCUAUAAUCUCUUAUAUAUGGGAGAUAAAUAUCGGAAUCAUCACACAUUUAAAGUGUUUUAUAUAUUUCAAGUAUAGUUCCGGCAUGAUUUAUCAAUGUAUAUUUUAGAACAAGUGAAAUCUUUUUCCUGUGUCAAAAUAUAUUGACGUCGAAGACAAGACGUGAAGUUGUUUCCACUUAUGCAAUUGGACCGUACAGUUUUAGAAGAAAAAUUUCAAAAUUGUAAAGAUUUUAUAUUCCACCAACAUUGUACGCAUGUAAGCUGUAUUAUUUGUAAAUAUGAAUUCAAACAGAUAGUCAGCACUCUGUAGGUUUUAUUUUUUCACUUUUAACUGUUAAAGUUUUACAAUCUCAUUCUACAGUGUACAGCACUUUUUAAAAAUUUGUGUAAAAUAGUAAUUAUUUGAUGAACACAAAGUUAGUAAAGUAACAAGGGGAUUUGGUUUUCCGUAGACCACACGUAUCUGUGGAUGAUAUGAAACGCCUAAUACAGAGCUUAAAAUAUUUUUCACCGAUUUUUGGUGGGUAAAUUUACCUAAUAACUAAAUAGGGGGAAUGUGUUCUCAUCUUUUUAAAUUAAUAAUUAUGGGAAAGGAAUAGUCUGUUCAUGUGUCUUUUAAAUAGAUUAUGGUAUAUUUAGAAAGACAGGUUUCUGUUUAUGGUACUUGAAGGAGAAGUCAGUACUAUUUGUAGAAUAACAACAUUUAUGUCUUCACAUGGGAACAGUAUGGAAAAAAAAUAAAAAAGUUGACUUCAU